AUGCUCCUAGCUGCCGAAGAAAAUGCAGUCCCGAUUCUUGCGAGUAUCUACAACGAAUGUCUCAAAAACGAAAGAACUUCGACUUCGAUGUCAGACUCAAUAGUCCGCCUACUUCACAAGAAAGGGAGCUGCCUUGACAUCGGAAACUACCGACCUGUAGCCUUGAUGUCGACUAUCCACAAAAUCUUCACCUCCAUCCUAAGAAGACGGGCAGAACGGUCUCUGGAAGAAGCACAACCUAUCGAACAAACGGGAUUCCGACCUGGAUACUCGACCUCAGAAAACACACUGGUCGUCUCCGAAAUGAUCCAGAAGUCACACGAAUAUCGCUUCCCAUUAUUUUUGAUGUUCAUCGAUUAUAAGAAGGCGUUCGAUAGCGUGGAAUUCGGAUCCCUUUGGACGGCUCUAAGCGAAUUUGGCGUUCAUUCGAAAAUAGUUAACACGCUCAAGAACAUCUACGACGAAGCGAAAGUGUCUGUCCGAAUCCGCGGGCACGACGUCCCAGUACAAAUUGGAAGAGGCGUGCGGCAAGGCGACACUAUUUCGCCCAACCUUUUCAACGCUACUCUUGAGCAUGUAUUUCGAAGACUCGACUGGAGUGAACAUGGGAUCUCCGUUAACGGGACGCCUCUCACACACCUCCGGUUUGCUGACGACAUCGUUUUGUUCGCUUCAAGUUCGAAGAAAUUAGAAGAAAUGGCAAACCAACUAGCCACUGAGAGCAAGAAAUCCGGCUUGAUCAUCAACUUCUCGAAAACGUAUAUCAUGUCAAACCGAGCGAAGAGAAGAGUAGAAGUAGACGGAAAAGAAGUAUCAUAUGUUGACCAGUUCACAUAUCUCGGAACGCAUCUUCAUUUCGCGGAAGGUUUCAAAACGGAACUACUCCGCAGAAUCCAAUCUGCAUGGGCAGUUUUCCACAAGUUUUCUAUAUAUCUGACGAAGAAAACAACACCUCUCAAGAACAAAGUCAAAAUAUAUCAAGCUUGUAUAGAACCUGCGCUCUUAUACGGAUCAGAAGUCUGGACCCUCAAGAAAACAGAGAUGAACAUGCUAGCCACAGCGCAGAGGAAGAUGAUGAGAAGAAUGCUUGGUGUGACUCUAAUGGAUAGAAGACCAAACAGUUGGCUUCACGAAAUGUUAAAGAUGCGUGAUGCUCGAAUGGUUGCAACAAGAAGAAAAUGGUUCUUCGCAAAGAAAAUCGUGACGGGAGAAGAAACGUGGGCAAAGAAGAUCGUAGAAUGGCGGCCCUGGGAAAAGAAAAGAUCUGUUGGACGACCACGAGCACGUUGGCGAGAUGACUUCCGAAGCGUUCUUGGGGAGAAUUGGUCGACCGUUGCGCGCAACAACAAGGAGCUCUUCAAAUCUACCAUGAUUCAGCAGAGCCUUUUUUUGAUUUCUCUGAUGUCUGAAUAA